AUGUACCACCUCCCGAAGACCAACAUCCUUCGAGAGCGCACCAUCCGCACCUCGACGACCGUACAGGCUAGGCUUGGAAGCUCUUCUGGGCUUCUUGAUAGCAUCGCAACGUUCGACGACUUUCUCGAUGCUCUUGCCGCUGAGCGUCUUCGCUUCAUGCCACACGACGGCAGCCAAUGGGACAAGGUUCUUCGAUGGGCAGAAGGCUUCGCGGGAUACGUCUACAUCUUCCAUGAUGCCGUUAGCGGCUUUAUGCUUCAUAGCGAAGAUGCGACCAAGAUGAUCUGGAGCAGCGUCCUCGCUCUUUUGCAGAUGGGACCUCGCCAGGCUACUGUCCUGACCAAGUCCUUCAGCGUUUUCCACCAACUUGGCCUGUCCAUCUCCUUGUUUCUCCGCCAAGAGAACCUAAUCACUGCUACGGCUGAGAUUAGACGGGAGCUUGCCCAUGCCUAUUCGGACCUGGUCGAGUUGACCUGUGCUGUGGGUGCGCACUACCUCAGUAAGAGUCACGGAACCACGCAGAUUAGCUGCGAUGACUUUGCCGAACAUUUCGAAAAGCUCGUGGCUGCUUUCUACGCACAUAGGGAUCGCGUUUCAGAUGCGAUGUGGACUGCUCAUCUGCAAGGCUUCGAUGAAGAGAACAACUUCGACAUCGGUGAGAUACGAAGGUUCCUGGAACCCGCAGAUCAUUCCGUUUGCAAGAUCAUCGCUUCAAGAGCGUCCUCCAGCACCUCCAGGACCGAAUUCACCUUUGAGUGGUUCCUUGACGAUCUCUGGGACUUUACCUGGAAGAGGAACAACAUCCUACUUAUCACUGGUGGCCCCGGCUGCGGCAAGAGUAUGCUUGCUGGUUGGAUCGUGGAGCAGUUGCAAAGCUCCAUUGACCAGAGCCCAUAUGAUGUCAUCUACUACCGCGUGGAACGGGACAUCCCUUCCACAACUUCUGCUUUGAAUGUUGUCAAAGGCCUCUUGUUGCAGACAUUCGACACACGCAUCGGCCAUGAAGCGCUUCUUGUCCACAUUCGUCAAGCCAUUGAGCUCUCUACAACAGGCAAAAGCGCCAAGGAAGUCGAGGACACGCUGUGGCACGCUUUGGAGCAUGUCGCGCAACACGCGAAGCUGAUGUUUGUCGUGGAUGGCCUCGACCAGUUGUCGGGAGGCCAGACCAGCGCUCUUGCAAUCCUCGAGCGUCUUCAUCAGCUUACCGUCAAAGAAGGAAAUACUGAUUGCAAAGCCAUUGUGCUGAGCCAACCUUUGCAGAAAGCUGCGCCCUCACUCACACGACAUGUAGCGAUUAAGAACAGCAACGUCUCCGAAGACAUUCAGCGCUUCAUCACGAACAACUUGGAUUCAUCGAGCUUCUUUGAGGCAAUGAGCCACAAAGACAAGGAAGCUGUUGCCCACAAAGUAUCUGAGAAGUCCAAUGGGUCAUUCCUAUGGGCUGCUCUUGCCUUCCGCUCUUUGAAACACGAGGAGACUUUCUCUGGCUUUAUGCAGUACCUCGACAAAGCCCCAAAGAGUGUUGAAGGGUUCUACGACUAUGACCUGCACAAGCUCCAGCUCGAGCGUUCAGAGACAAGAGCUAUCCUUUCCUGGAUCAUAGCUGCUGAGCGCCCCCUUGCCCUCCAGGAGAUAAAGCAUUUGUUGGAAAUCGACACUAAUCACUGUCGUCACUCGCCGAGAUACGGGAACAUCUCCGAUGUCGUUCGUCGGGCUUGUGGAUCACUUGUCACCGUACAAGACGGCUUUGUGAGCUUGCGCCACUCAAGCAUGCGUCACCAUCUUAGCAAGUGCAAAACGGACAAGUUUCAUUUCGACAUGCGAAGGGCACAGAGUAGUCUUGCUCUCGGUUGUCUGGCUUACGUCAAGAUUCAUGUACACAAGAAUUUUGACGUGUCGUUCAAGCAACUUGCUGUGCAUGACGUUUACGACCUGUUCAAGCAGUAUCAGAUGCUGGAGUACUGCACCAUGUACUGGACGACGCACAUGAAGGCAUCUGCUUUCUACCAGACGAACGGCGAAGUCCAGGUGUCUCCAAAGCUGAAGAGCUGCUUCCCCAGCUCGGUGCUUUUGGCAAUGCUCGAGCAAGUCUGCUUGCAACUGCGCUUCACCAGCAGGGAGAUGGAGACGUACUCGCUCAUCGCAUACAAACUCCGCAAAGCCGUCUUGGGUGAGAGUGCCUCAGCAAGCCUCCAGAGCCUCCUCUACGUGAUCCAGGUCUACCAGGCGAUUAAUUCCGUUAAAACUGCCGAGUUCGCCUAUGACGCCUGGAGGAUCAGCCAGACCAGUGGCGACAUCGCGAUCGUCGUGGUGUGCGCGGAAGCUUUCAUUGCUUCGACAACUUCCACCGCCGUUACCAAACGCACGAAGCUUGUCGAGCAAAGGGAAGAAGUCCUCAAAUUCAUAAUCACUGCGCACAGGCAUACCCAUGGAGCAUCUCACGACCUCACGAUCAAAUACACCAAGCUGCUCGCCGAGCUCUACGUGUCGGUCCAAAAGGUUGAAGAAGCCGUCGUGCUUUACCGGGAGCUAUACGAGGUAACCAUUGAGCGCCACGGCUACUUCCACAAGGAAACGGAAGCACUGUAUGAAGUCCUCAUGGCGCGGCUUAAGGCUCUUUCCAAGCUUGACGUUAUCCUCUCGAUUCAUCUGUCUUAUCACGAGCACGUCGUCAAGACCCUCGCUAUAACGGAUGAGCGACGCAUCAAGUCGACCCUGACCCUCGUCCGGAUGUACGAGGGACGCCGCGAGGUCACCAAGGCGGAAGAAAUCCUCGUCAGUUACUGGCGGAGCAUCACGACGAGCACAUCGUCCUCAACCGCAAUCGAGACCAGAGUCGACGUCGCGAUUGAAUACUCCCGCUUCCUCACGCGACACUCCCGCCGCGACGAGGCCGAGGUCAUCAUGCGCGCCGUCUGGACCGAAGUUGCGGCGUACCAGAAGACAAAGCACACGGAGUCGAUCACGCGGCGCAUCAAGUCGAUUGCGGAGGAGUUCAAGUCGCUCAAGGUUUUUAGCAUGGCCCGGUCGAUCUUCACCUCGCUUUGGAAGCACUGCAAGGAGACGGAGCAGUCGUCUGCUAUUGCGGUCGAGAUUGCCACGUCCCUCGCUGAGACAGUCACCGAGACGAUCACGACUACGACCGAGAAGACGACAACCACCACCACGGAGCUUCUCACUGUCGAAGAGGAGACGGUGCUGCGCGAGGUUUUCGAAUCAACGCUCUCCGUCUCCGCCAGCAGCAAGUCAUCAAGCCUCUCCGUCUCUACAGCGACCAUCAAGACGUGCACAGCCCUCGCGACCAGCUAUGUCAAGCAGGAGCGCUGGUCUGAGGCCUUGGAAGUGUACUCCAAAGCCCUCAGCCAGACUUGGUCGUCGGUGGAGAGUGCCUCGGCCACUGAGUUGACGACGCAGCACUCGGAAGAGGUCAUCCAGACUGCCAUGAGCCUCGCCGAGUGCCACUUCAAGCAGCUGCGGGUCGACAAGGCCGAGGCCAUCUACCGCAACGUCUUCGCCACGCUCGCGCACUUCGAUUAUGACCAGCAGCUGCUGGUGCGCACGGCUCGCGAGGUCAUCGCCUUCCAUGAGCGGACGUUCCGCUACGAGCUCGCCCUCGCGACUUACCGUGACUUUGCUGCCUGCUUGCAACGCCGCUUGGGUAAAUCACACACCCUGACCAUCGAGACAUUUGUCGCAUAUGGCACACUCGCGCGUCGCCUCGGCAAGCUGAAGGAAGCGGAGGAGGCGUACCAAGCCGUUUACUCUGCGUACCAGGCCCAAGACGGCACCUGCCGCGUCGAAGGCAUUGAAGCGGCGCUUGUUUUGUGCGAGCUGCACGAGCAGCGCGGCGGGUGGGCUGCCGCGAGGGAGGUGUACGCCUGUUUGUGGCAGACGUUCCGCCAACACGGCAAGUCGUACAAGCUGCAAGCGGCGUUUGCUGAGCGCGUCUACGAGCGCUACAUGCAUGUCUUGGAGCAUAAGGUCAAGGCAGAGUCUGUGGUGACGCACCGGCUGGCGAGCGAGUACCGCGAGACGUGCGUGAGCUUGUAUGGCGCGGAGAGCGCGCAGACGCUCACGGCUACAGUGAGGCUGGCGCAGAUUUGUGAAAGGAGCGAAGAGAGCUACCAGCAGUCUGUGGAGCUGUACGAGGAGGUGCUGAAGCAGAGCAAGACGAUCUCGAAGACUUCGACCACGACGACUGUUUUAACGCACAGGCAAGUUGCGCAGGCGACGCAGCGCCUCGCGCAGAUGUACGCCUCCAAGAGCAGCACCAUCGAGCGCGCCGUCUCGCUGUACGCAUCGCAGUACGAAGCCUCAAGGACGGAGCGCGGCUACACUGCCACCGAGACACUCUCCCUUCUGCACCAGCUCGUGCACACGUACACGCAGCAAAAUACGACCGAAGCAACCGCCAAAGCCACCUCGACACUGCAGACGGCCGUCUUUGGCGUCUUCAAGCAGGAGACGCACCACUCGGAGCGCCUCAUCGCCGCGGCGCAGGCCCUCGCGAGCACCUACGUCGCGCAUGGUCUGGAGAGUCAUGCCCUCACAUUGAUGCAGGAGCUGCGGUGCAUCAUCAUCGACGAGGCGCGCGCUGGCAAGACGGUCAAGACGACACAGCGCACCUUCUUCGCCGCCUUUGCUGAAGUCCUCCUGGGCGGCUCGCGCAGCUUCACGGCCAUCAUGGCCGAGCUCCGCAGCGAGAUAUUGCUGUACGAGGCGUGGUUCCACGUCAGCAAGACCGAAGUGCAGCAGCGGGGCAUCAUGGGUGUGCUGGAGCGAGGAGCGCGACUUCGGCUUGUGCUGAUUGAGGCGGACCAUGGCGACGAGGCCAAGCAAGUGGAAGAAGAGCUCUUGGCCACAUUUCGCAAGGCCGUGGGCUCCCAGGAAGUCGACGGACAGGCCUACCAUGCCCUCUUCACCCUCGUGCUCUCGCUCCUCUCGGACGAAGAGACGUGGACCACCAUCCUUUCCCGCACCGUCGACACAGUGGCCGAACACACGCGCGCCGACCGCUUCCACGCCGCGCACGAGCUGGGCGUCCUCGUCCACCGUCUCGUCCACGUCCAAGGCGGCUUUGCGACACAAGCAGACGUGCUCUCCGGUCUGCGCCUCGGCCUCUACCUCGCGGGCCGCGUCGGCGCGAAGCCGUGUCCAGAGGAGAAGCGCCACGCGCAAAUGAUGCAGCUUUCGGCCCUCAUCCUGCGCGAAGCCCUCGAAGCCGCGCGCCAGACCAACCUCUCCUUCGCCACCCUCCUCGACAUCAAAGACGCCUCCGCCCUCGCCGCGACCCUGGGCGCCCAAGCCAACUUCGCAGACCUCGACCACGUCCUCACAGCCCUGCACUCGUCCCCCUCCACCUCGUCAAGCAAGCACCACCUCUCGCUCCUCCUCGCCCUCAUCCACGCCCGCUUCGCCCUCGCCACCCCCGCCUCCACCACCUCCGCCCUCCACCUCGCCCAAACCCUGCACUACAACCUCGCGCGCAUCCACGGGCCGCUCGCGCCCCCCGCCCUCGCUGCCCUGCGCCUCGAAGCCGCUAUGCUGGCGUCUCGCGGCAAGCACGACCGCGCCGCAGCCCUACACGCCGCGGCGCUGGGCCGCCUGGCCUGGGACGCGGAGACCGAGGUCGCUGAGGCGUGCGCCGGGCUGGACGGCGCCGCUGCAGUGGCGUGCAGGGAAAUGGAAGCGCUGCGCAGGGCGUGGGGCCGUGCUGCUGCGCGUGGCCAGGGCGCGCCGGACAAGAAGAGCGCGUACGCGGAAUUGCUGGACGCGGUGGCGCGCCGUUUUGCCGGGUUUGAUGCCUGCAAGGCUGAUAAGGUGCGGAAGCUGCUGGAUGUGCAGACCUGGGCGCCGCUGCCGGAAAAGGAAGAUGAUGGCCAGGGCCUGUGGGAGCGGCCAACGAGCUUUGGCUUUGUGGACAAGGAGGGCAUUGCUGGCAUUGCGGGGCUCGUGGACGACAACGCGGUGCAGAACACUGCUGGAGCUGGAGCUGAUGGUAAGGCGAAGAAUAGGCCGGGUCUGCGGCUCGGUAGUGGCGCCGGCUAUGCCAGGCGCUCGAGCAGCAACUACGCCGUGUUGCAGCGCAGCUUGAGCAGCGGGCAGUUGGGCUCGCCAAGGCGGGUGGGCUCGCCGCUGGGGUCGCCGCUGGGUAGUGGUGGUGCUGAGGGCAUGUUGAGUUUGGGGGGUGUGGUUCGUGGGCAGUAA